AAAUAUAUCAUAAUGAGUUCUCCAGGAAACAAUAUUAGAGUUGUGUGCCGUUUUCGACCACAAAAUUCUCGUGAAAUUAGAGAAGGUGGUGUUCCUAUUAUUAACUAUGAUGAUAACGACGCAUUCAAGUUAUUUUUCAGGAUUGAGAAGGUAGAGUUAUAUGAAUUGUAA